AUGUCGAUCGACGGGGCCGAGCAGGUGCUGCUAAGGGUGGAAGCUUCGGAAGGCGAACGGGGCGGCGCAGCCGGCAGUCCGUCAGCCGCCGACGAUGGCGAGCCCGCGCCGCCUUCCAAAGGAGGUGGCGUCGGAUGUGCUUGCUUCAGGCCCAGCCCGCUGACGGCGCUCAUCUUCCUGGCAGCCGCAGGCGCUCUGGCCGCUGCCGCUGUGUGGCUCAACAACGCCGCUGCUGUGGAUGCGCAGGCCGCUGCUGGCGGUUGGUUCAAACAGGUUGCUGGUGUGGAUGCGCAGGCCGCUGCUGGCGGGUGGUUCAACCAGGUUGGUGUGGAUGCGCAGGCCGUCGUCGUCGGGUGGGUCAACGAUGUCGCUGACAUCGCUGACAUGGGCGCGCAGGAGGUGAACAUGUCGAGCAACGUCACAGACUGA